CAGAAACGAAAGAGGCGCUCCGUUUCCUGCCUCUUCAGCCUGGCUGAUAGAGAUAGAAACUAGAGUGAUGCGUGGCGGGUUCGCUGCGAGAAUGUUGGUGCUGCUGGAAAGGCCGAAGCCAGCUCCAUUUCCAGGAGAGUGGAGGGCCUUGGCAGCUUUUGGAAUAGACCUUGCUCCUCUGAGGAAGACUGGUGUGGAAGGGCUGUUGGCCGAGGACAGCAGCUGCAACAGUGCUUUUGUUACCAUCCUAAGUUUGACAAGGCGCCUUGAACUUCAUUUUGGCAGAAAAGUGGGAUAUAAAUCCAAUAAAUAAAUGAAUAAAUAAAUAAUACAGAGAGAGCAUUGCUCCAGCCAUGAAUCCACGACGGACACCCCUUUUUGCUAACUGGACAUAAGCUCAGAUUUCCCUUGCCAAAAGUCUGGGGGCAACUUUCCCCCCUGGUUUCUAGUGGGAGGGUCUUAAUAUUGUUCUGACUUCUCUAAUAUGGAGUAAGCCAUCCUUCUCUGUGCAGAUUUUUCAACUGUAAAAAUAAUAAUAAUAAUUAGCAUUAGAAUACAGGUUGAAUCUCCCUGAAUUGAGUCUCCCGAAUUCUGAAAUCAGAAAUACUCCAAAAUGCAAACCUUUUCCCAUGAGUGGCUGAGACAGUGACACUUUCUGAUGGGUCGAUGGGCACAAAUUUUGUUUCAUGCACAAAAUUAUUUAAAAGAUUAUGUAUAAAAUUAUUAUAUAUAGAUUAUGUAUAACUUUACCUUCAGGUUAUGUAACAUAAUUGAAUUUCGUGUUUAGACUUGGUCCCAUCUCCAAGAUAAUCUCAUUAUACAUAUGCAAAUAUUCCAAACUCCGAAAAACUCCAAAAUCCAAACCACUUCUGGUCCCAAGUAUUUCAGAUAAGGGAGACUCUGUAGAGUAAAAUAGUAGCAAAGUAAAAUAUUAGGGGAUUUUGACAUUCAAAAUGAUAAACAAUCAGAACAUAAUAGGUAAAAAAUAAAUGUGACUGAGAAAAAGAAAACUUGGAUUUGUAGGUGUGGCAAUCACAGGAUUCAAAAGAAUUUAAGACAGAGAAAAGGAAGAAAAAUUAAAUAUAGAGACCUACAAACUGAGUUUGGGCCUCUGGGAAAAGAACACAGCUUGGUUCCAGUAGUGAUCUGGAAACCAAUUCAAAGGAAUGGGGGGAAAAUCUGAAUUAUAUUACCACAGAGAGGAUCACAGCAAUGCAAUUGCAAGAAAUAACACUGCUUAGAAUGUGCCACGUUAUCUGACGGUUCCUCAAAAAUGCGUAGAUUCUUGCACAGCAUCUGAAUCAUUGGUGGUCCAAAGGUCCAGUUAGAAACACCUGGUAGACUGUGAAACUGGGACAGUAAUGAUACAAAGGUGCAAAAAGCCAGCUGUAAACUGGUAGCUUUUUCAAAAAUACAAGAAUGGGGGAAGGGAUGAGCAAGAAGAGGACCUCAGGAUCGGGGCAAGAGGCUGUUCGCAUGUCCGCAGAGGAGCUGGGAGGAAGCAGAGUUCACCCCAACACUGAGAAACCUGCUCCAAUUCUCAGUCGUGGAGGCGAGUGGCAAACAAGAUGGAGACAAGUCAGCCAUGGGGAUGAGGAAGAAGCCUUUCAGCAAAAUGAAACAUGGAGAGAUAUGAAUCCAGCCAGAGUUUCCAAGAGGAGCCCCUCUGCUUACGCUGAUGCCAAUAAGUCAACCAGAAAUGUAUCUGGGGGGGAAGGAGGACCAGAUGGAUCUCCCAUUUGAGGACUGCAAGGAGGUUUUGAUAGGAGAUCUGGCACCUCUGGCUAAGCCAGGCUCAGCCGAAGCCGAGAAGAGAUGGGAAUGGAACAGCCUGGACACUUUGCUUGAACCCAGGACUCAGGACGGGGCCCAGUCCCUCACCAAAGCAACCCAGACUGAAGCUGGAUGUGCCGACCAUGAAGAUCAGCCUUCUUUCCAUUCAAGAAGGGAUUGUGAUGCGAUCUACAUGAUGGACCUGGCCAAAAGUUUGGAGAAAGUAAUCCAUCAAGGCAUGAAAGAAUUCUUUGCCUUCCUGAAGAUCUUUGUCAAUAUACCCAUCUUUUUCAUGCUUGAAUUGGUCCAGUUUCUCGGCAGAUCUGUAUUCCAGGUGCUGUUGGUGGGCCUUAUAACUGCCAUAGGUGACCAGAUGUUAGAACCCCUCCUGGCGGCUCUGUUCAACAGCAUCAUACAGCCGCUGCUGGUCUUCCUGCUGAACGUCCUCUGCACCAUCCGGAACUUGACCUAUCCUCUCAUUGAGAUAUUGAAGGGCAUCUGUUCGCAAGUAGCAGUGGUGCUGCGCGCUUUCCGGCUGGUGGAAAUCAACCACCAUCCCAAGAAUGCUGUGGCCGAGCAUGUCUAGCAGGAAGGGAUGACCCUCGCAGACUGUAAAACGCUCAACAGUGUGGUAUAACCACCAGUUCACCACUGGCCAAUUCAACUGAGAACAGAAAAUGGUGGUCUUACGUGGUGGCAUUCAGUUUGUCCUUGGGAGGGUUGCAUUUGUUGUAAAGGCACAGGCUUGCAGUUUCGGGCUGUGUACUCCUAGGUUUAGCUUUGCCACAGUAGGUGCUAGUAUACUGACUCAGACUAUGGGACACCAAGGUUCAAAUCCCUUGUCAGCCAUGGAAAUUCACUAGGCAACCUUAGGCAAGACACACUUUCUCAGUAUUAGAGGGUUGCAAACCUCCUCUGAGAAAAUCUAACCAAAAAAAGUCUAGUAGAGGCUCUCCAGAGACAGUGUAGUGUUUUAAGGAGUGGAUUAGGACUGUGGGAGGCUACAGACAAACAACAAAACUAAACAAGAUGUUUAGAGAUUAACAUCCAGUUUUGAAAAAUACAUAUUUAUUGUUGUUGAACAGCUCUGGGGGAAGCCAGCAUGGUUUAGUGGUGUGAGCAUUAGACUAGGACUUUGGGAGGGCAAGUUUUGGAUCUCUGGUCAGGCAUAGAAACCCACUUCAGGGCAACCUUGGACGAGUCUCACACUCUCAGUCUUUAUCCUCUGAAUAAAUUUUGCGAAGUAAACCCAAGAAGGGAGUUGCCUUAAGUCAGAGUUGACUUAUAAGCAUAUAACGGAAGGGAGAUGCCAGUGGUCUCCAUGUCUUGAUGUGCCAACCCUGGCUCUAUCUCGGAGAGAGAGAGGCUGCCUCUCUACCACUGUGUAUCCCAAUAGUUGGAUUACUAGAACAUAUACAGGUAUUGUGCUGCCUUUGAAGACAGCUAGGAAGCCAGAGCUUUUACAAAAUAUCGUUGUUGCAAGGGUGUUAAAUAAGACUGCGCAUUGGGAAUGAGUCUCGCUCAUGCUGAACAUUGACACUGGCUCCCAUUCCAUUCCUGGGUUCAAAGGGGCUUUGCACCACAGUGAGGUGGUCCAUCUAUAAAGAGACCAGAGAUUUGCAUCCGCUGUCUCCUGGGAUUUGUAGUCCUUCUUGGGGAAGAAGGACUGACACGUACCUUUUGGGGGAACAGUGAAGGGGAAGCUAACAAGGCUUUGCAUGUGCUAACCCCAAAGAUGCUUCUAUUUCUUCUGUUUGUGUAUCCUGAUCUUAGGGGAAACCUUCCAAAAGAAGAGGUCCUCUUCAAUAGCAUUUGGCCACUGAUAAACUCCAGGGUUCUUGAUUUUCCCCAGGAGAUUUGGUAAAGUACAAUGAGUGGUUCAGCUCCAUUAACCUGCACUGUAAGCAAGGAGGUCCACAUUCAGUCGUAGCUUCAGAGGGGCAGCGGAGGCUUCCUUUGGGUUCUGUUAAUUUAUACAUACUUUAUUAUGUGGAAAUACUUCCAUCAAAUAGUGUCCAAGGGAAGAAGGAAGGAGGGGGAAAUCCCUGAAAGAAAGAAGAUGUGGAUGUUUCUGAGGCAAUGGGUGCAAAGUAUAACGAACGUGAUCCUUGGAUAAACCACAUUUGCAAAAUAAAAAAUGGCUUCAAAUGAA